AUGGCGGAAUGGCUGGAGGAGAGAGCUGGAGCGUCAGGGUCGUGGGACUCAAGAGGAGGAGCCUUCGUGAGCAGAUCUAAAGGCGAAAAAGCAAACGGCGGCGGUUCUGGAUCUGGAUCUGGAGGAGGAAACGGUAGCGGCGGAGCGAACAAUGGCAAACAACAACAGAGCCAUGAGAGAAAGCAAGAGGAGGGAGAAAGGAGAAGAUUCUCACCGGCGGCGGCGCAAAUGAGAAGCUAA